AUGGCAAAGGGACGCUUUGCCUUAUUUGUGGAGCAAAACAUGGGACAGGUCUCACGCUUCAUUGUCUAUGCUGUGCUAGAAUGGACGUUGAUCAUUCUGCUCUUCAUUGAUGGGUUUGUUGCAUUUGUUGCCAAUGAAUUUGCCAAGUUAUUUGAGCUCACAAGCCCCUGCUGGCUUUGCACCAGGAUCGAUAGCAUUUUCGUUAACAGAGGUCGCGAUUUCUAUUACAAUGACUCCAUUUGUGAGUCUCACAAGAAAGAUGUUUCGUACCUUGCUUAUUGCCAUAACCACAAGAGACUAUCUGACAUAAGAAAGAUGUGUGAGGCAUGUCUUCUUUCAUUUGCAACCGAGAAAGAGUCUGAUUUCGACACAUACAAGUCUCUAGUUGGGAUUUUGCACAAGGAUCUCGAGUGCUUUGUUGAGGAUGAUCAGCAUCAAAUCCAGCUGAGUGUGCCUGCAGCACGAACAUGGGAGGAUGCAGGGACGAUCGAGAAAAGUAGGGACAGCAUGACUAUAGGGUGUUCAUGUUGCGGUGCACCAUUAAAGUUGAGUCAAUCUCCUUCCUACCCCAAAGGGAAAAGUGUUGCCGGGAUACGCGCGCAGGCUCCUACACCUUCUCCACGAGCACCCUUAGGAAAAAAUGAAGUUAAUCCUGGUUUGGACUUGCCCCCUAUUCGAUACACAGAGCUGAAGUUUAUGUCUGAGAAUGAGUCUGAGCUUCCAGAGGAUGAGUAUGGAGCACGCUCAAAAAAUCGUGAGUCUUCUAAGUUCCUAUCUAUGAAGGAAGAACCAAAAGCUGCUACACUGCCAAUAUUGGCAGAAGGUGAUGAGCUAACUGAUGAUGCUAAUAGGACUCCAAUAUAUGGUAAAGGAAACAGGUUCUUUGGCAUCCCACUAACAGAUUCAGCUCAAAAUAGUCCUAGGGUGGCUAUGAGGAUCUCAAAGAAAUCACCACUUGAAAAGAGCGAGUUUGUUUUGGAUUCUGUUGAUGGAAUUCUUCCAAGUGAUGUGGAUUGUGAUUCGAUUUUGCAAAGACUGAAGAGACAGGUUCGCUUGGACAAGAAGUCACUAAUGGCUCUGUACAUGGAACUCGACGAAGAAAGAAGUGCUUCAGCUGUAGCAGCCGACGAAGCAAUGGCUAUGAUCACAAGGCUACAAGCAGAGAAGGCUGCUGUUCAGAUGGAGGCAUUGCAAUAUCAGAGAAUGAUGGAGGAGCAGGCGGAGUAUGACCAAGAAGCGCUGGAAGCAACAUAUGAUUUGCUUGCCAAGAGAGAAGAUAAUAUCAGGGAAUUAGAGGCUGAACUAGAAGCUUAUAGAGAAAAAUAUGGAUUGUUGAAGGAAUUUGUCUACAAGGACCAAGAUGAGGCUGCUGAAUCUGGUGAUCCUAAGGAGGAGAAUGCAGAGGCUGCCCUUGGUGACAGUUUGAAACCACUGAAAGGGGAGAAGACCUACCUCCUUGGGAGAUUAAAGAGACAAGACAAGAGGAACUUAUCAUCUAAUGGGUUUAACCUGCCAGAUGGUCUGAAUGAGGAUGAGAUAGGAAAUGGAAACAAAGCUGCCCUAACAAGACAAUUGUCACUACUGUCUCAUCUUAGUGAUAGGGUGAAGGCUCUUGAAUCAGACACUGGAUUCUUAGAGUAUGCUGCUAAGACACUCGAGCAACAUAGUGAAGGAACAAAACUUUUGACAGAGGUAACUCAAAAUCUGCAGAAGCUGCGGCACCUUGUGAAUAUGCCUAUGGAGGAACAAAACAAGAUGCAUCCGGAGGAACAAAAAAAGGGACUAACCAAGAAGACACCUUUAGAGGAACAAAAGAAGGAGCAAAACAAGACCCCGCCUCCGGAGGAGCAAGGCAAGAGGCCAACACAGGAACAAAAGGAGCAAAAUGAGCUAAACAAGGCAUCUUUGGAGGAGCAAAAUAAGACACCUCUGAAGGACCAAACGGAGGAGCAAGGCAAGAAGCCUCCGCAGGAACAUACGGAGCAAAAUGAGCUAAACAAGACGUUUUCGGAGGAACAAAAUGAAAUUCCUCCAGAAGAACAAAACAUGACAUCACCAGAGGAACAAAAGGACGGAUUAUCUGAAUAG